UUUUAUACUCACCAACCAACAAUAUGACUGUCUAACCAUAUAUUUCCAUAACAACGAAAACCAAAACUCUUAAAAAUCAAAAUUUUGAAAAGUUUUCUCUUUUCUAUAGAAUUUACUUGAAAACUUAUACAGAUACAAAUCUGCACGCAUGUUGUUGUUAUCACUUUUAGAUAAAACAAAAACUCUAAACAUUCUCCUUAUGAACUGUUAUAAAUUUCAAACUAUAGAAACCUUAAACAUCUAUUGAAAUCCCAACAAAACUCUGGAAAUAGUCCUCCUUUCCCCUCCCUUUAAGGCAAAAAGUAAGAAAAAACUACCAAAUUUUGUAGCCCUGAAGUGGAAACCAUACAAGAUUUUCCAACAUUAAAACCAGAAAACAUAUAACCCCUACAAAAUCUAACUAGCUAUGAAUUUACAUCAUAAUCCAAAUAACGAUGAUGAAUGUGACAAUUCAAUAUCAUCACAAACACAAGAACAGCAGCAACGACAACAACAACAACAGCAGCAGCAUGGCAACACAGUUUGUAAGGGCCAACAUGUUUACCAAACACAACACAGAAAUAGCAGUAAUAGAUUUUACCAAACUGGUCAGUUAUUACAAAAGAAAAUUAUAACAAUGUCAAACGCAUCCACAACUGCUGAAGUAGCAGCAGCAGCAACAACAUCAACAGCAAUUAAAUUAUUAAAUAAUACCUGCCCCACAGUAGUAGAUGAACGACAACAACAACGACAUGGCCAACAGCAUCAACAUGUUCAACCAUUACAAAAGUGGCUACAACGACCACGGGGGCAAACGCUUGCAAAGAAUGCACCAGUGAUAUGGAAUUUACUAAAUAACAAAAUGUUCAAAUUACACAACAAUGUCUGUAAAUAUUUCCUAGUGAUGUUUGUCGUGAUAUUAACAAGUUUUCCAGCUGCCACCGUUAUGGCUUUGCCCAGUCUACAGGACACAACAAAUACUACAACUUCAACUACGAAUAAUGUAAUACAGCAAAUUCAUAAUGAAUAUAAAAAUGAUAAAAUUGCCACAAUUAGUCAAAGUGUAAAUAGUACUAGUAAUUACAACAGCAACAACAACGAUACCACAAAAAAUUCGGCUGUUAAAAUAAUAUUAAAUGAUUAUAAUGAUGCUUUUUUGCAAAUGUUGCCCAUGACUGAACAGAAGCAGAAGCAACAUCACUCAUCCGUUGUUAAAAAUCAUUUAUUAGAAAUGGAGCCGGAUGUAACUGUAAUACAUGAUGAUCUUUUGGAUAGUUUUCGUGGCACUCAUAGUUUGCCGCAUCAACCCAUGUAUACGAAUGAAUUUGCUGUUCAUAUACCGGCUGGCAAAGAUAUGGCCGAUUUGAUUGCAGAUAAAUAUGGUUUUAUUAAUAUGGGUCAGAUUGGUUCUCUACAAGACUAUUAUUUAUUUCACCAUAAACGCAUCUCAAAACGUUCGCUAAAAACUAGUGAUGAACACCAUAGCGCCUUAAAUGCAGAACCUGAAGUCAGAUGGUUAGAACAGCAACAUGAAAAAAUCCGCCAGAAACGUGAUGGCUCCUUCAGCAGUAUAGCCGGCUACAGUCCCUACGAUGUUGUACGUCCCUCGACUGGUUUUGGCAGCAUGCCAACAACACGUUUAUCAUAUCAUCCCACCUCAGUGUAUCGUCCGUUAGUACCACGGGCACCACGCAUACAAUACCGUGAUGCCGGUCCACAUACUAUCUUUCCCGAUCCCUUGUUCAAGGAACAAUGGUACUUGGUGAGUAAAAAUGGUGGCGCCAAAGAUGGCUUGGACAUGAAUAUUGGACCUGCUUGGCAAAAAGGUUAUACCGGCAAGGGUGUAGUUGUUUCAAUUUUGGACGAUGGCAUACAAACAAAUCAUCCUGACCUUGCUCAAAACUAUGUAAGUUUAUAUAUGUAUUUUUUUGUGCUAAUAUUUCUAGGAAAUAGUUUAAUAUUUUUACGACGGAAAAAUACAAAACAAAUCUGAAAACUUGAAACUAAA